AGAACUUCAUCGAAACUACACUGUUGAUAGCGGCUACCUCAAAAUUCAACUCAUUAUAUAAGCCUCAGUUGCUCUAUCACAUCGAUCGAUAACAACAAGCUCGAAGAUGCAGGAAAUCGGCAAGACUGAAACAUGGUUAAGGAAACAUCGUUCUGUCUAUAACUCAGCCACCAAACACCCUUUUAUCCUCAGCAUCCGCGAUGGCACUGUUCAAUCUCAUUCCUUCAAAACAUGGCUCGCGCAGGAUUACUUGUUUGUUAGAGAGUUUGUUCCAUUUGUUGCAAGUGUGUUGAUAAAAGCUUGCAAGGAAUCAGAUGAUAGUGAUGAUGAUGUUGAAGUUAUAUUGGGAGGUAUAGCUUCUCUCAAUGAUGAGUUAUCUUGGUUUAAGAAAGAAGCUAAGAAAUGGGAUAUUCGACUCUCCGAGGUUGUUCCUCAAAAAGCAAACAAAGAUUAUUGUCGGUUGUUGGAAGGUUUGAUGAGUUCAGAUGUGGGGUAUACUGUGGCUCUUACUGCGUUUUGGGCGAUUGAAGUUGUGUAUCAAGCGAGUUUUGCGUCUUGUGUUGAAGAAGGUUCGAAAACUCCGGUAGAAUUGAAGGAGACUUGUGAGAGAUGGGGAAAUGAGGGGUUUGGUGAGUACUGUGAAUCUCUGAAGAAGAUGGUUGAUGGGCGGUUGCUGAAGGCUUCUGACGAGGAAGUGAAGAAGGCUGAAGUUGUGUUUUUGAGUAUUGUUGAACAUGAAGUUGAGUUUUGGAACAUGAGUAGUGGGAAUUAAUGUAACAUAAUGAAAGCUUGUUCAUGUUGUUGAUUGUGAACCUUUGUAGCUUAUGCUAUUGUGUAGAAUGAAAUGUCUAGUUUAAUAGAGUAAACUAGAAAUAUGGAAAUGGAAUGCACCUUGUUUUCUUAGUA